AUGGGUUCAUCAUCCAUGAGAAUUGCAGCAAUUGUUUUUUAUUACCUUUGCUUUCUCACCUUUGCAACAUUUCAUAAUUGCUUUUGCAAUGGAAACUCCAACAUUGUUUGCUCCAAAACUGAAAAGCAAGCCCUUCUAAAAUUCAAGCAAGAUCUUAAAGACCCUUCGAACCGGUUGUCCUCUUGGGCUGGUGACAACUGUUGUCAAUGGUCCGGAGUUGUCUGCGACAACUUCACUGGCCAUGUCCAUGAGAUCCACCUUCCUUAUAAUGAUGGUGAUGCUGGUUGUCAUUAUAAUGGAAAUUAUUCUAAAUAUGAAACUUGCUGGAGUUAUCACCCGUUAGGAGGUAAAAUAAAUCCUUCUUUGCUCGAUUUGAAGCAUCUCCGUUAUCUGGACUUGAGCCAGAAUUAUUUUGGAGAGAUUCACAUUCCUACUUUCAUUGGCUCUAUUGGAAGUUUGAGGUACCUCAACCUGUCUAAAGCCGGAUUCAGCGGAGCCAUUCCUCAUCAACUAGGAAAUCUCACCAUGAUGCGUUAUCUGGACUUGAGCAGGAAUCGUUUUGGAGGGAUUCACAUUCCUAGCUUCAUUGGCUCUAUUGGAAGUUUGAGGUAUCUCGACCUGUCUAAUGCCGAAUUCAGCGGAGCCAUUCCUCAUCAACUAGGAAAUCUCACCAUGAUGCGUUAUCUGGACUUGAGCUGGAAUCGUUUUGGAGGGAUUCGCAUUCCUAGCUUCAUUGGCUCUAUUGGAAGUUUGAGGUAUCUCGACCUGUCUGGUGCCGAAUUCAGCGGAGCCAUUCCUCAUCAACUAGGAAAUCUCACCAUGAUACGUUAUCUGGACUUGAGCUUCAAUUUUUUUUAUCUUCAAGGUAACUUUUCUGAAACUGCACUAAACUUACGUGGUGAUAAUUUACACUGGGUUUCAGGUCUUCUUUCAUUACAACACCUUGAUUUGUCAUUCGUAAACCUUAGCAAAGCAGUGGAUUGGGUAGAGGUGAUGAGCACGCUUCCUUCUUUGGUAGAAUUGCAGUUAGGUGGUUGUGAUCUCAAAUAUUCUUCUCCUUCAACUACCAUUAACUUUACAUCACUACAUAUCCUCGACCUUUCUGAUAACAAUUUUGCAGAGUCUAUACCUAAGUGGAUUUUUAGUUUGCAUCAUCUAGUUUCCCUAGAUAUCAUUGAUUGUAACUUUUAUGGCCCAAUUCCCAAUGGCAUUCAAAACUUGACUUCUCUCAAAGAGUUUUCUGCUGUUGAAAAUAAUCUGAAUUCAUCAUUGCCCAAGGGGUUGUUUGGCCUCAAAAACCUUGUUGUUCUGGACUUAGGCUUCAAUAAGUUUCAGGGACCAAUUCCAAUUGGCCUUCUAAACAUGACUUGUCUUAGAGAUCUAGAUUUGGGAGAUAAUCUUUUCACUACGUGGACGAAUGGGUUAUUGUCUAGGCUUAGCCGUCUCGAGUCGGUCAAUCUCGCGGACAAUCUCUUGCAAGGUGUAAUCUCAGGAGCCAUAGGAAACUUGACUUCCCUCAUUAGCCUUGACAUGUCACACAACCAACUUGAGGGAAAAAUAUCAAGCUCAUUGGGAAAACUAUGCAAGUUGAAGAGUAUUGGUUUAUCAAAUAACAAAUUUGGUGGAGAGGUAGCUGAAGUUUUUAGAGGUUUCUCCCAUUGCAUGUUAGAUGGAUUGGAGUCAAUGGCAUUAGAUAACAAUUGUCUUGAUGGUCAAUUUCCAAAUGAGCUUCACCAAUUCAAAAAUCUAACCUACCUUUCUCUUCAAAACAACUCCAUUUUUGGUCCCAUUCCGGAGUCGAUCAAAGGAUUAUCAUCCUUGACAAGGUUAUCUCUUUCCUAUAAUCAUUUGACUGGAGUUCUUCCUGAAAGUCUUGGGCAACUUGCAAAGUUAGAAACUUUAGAUCUUUCCUAUAAUCAUUUGAAUGGAACUCUUCCUGAAAGUCUUGGGCAACUUGCAAAAUUAGAAAGCUUAGAUGUAUCUCAUAAUUUGAUGAAGGGUGUUGUCUCUGAGAUUCACUUUGGCAAUCUCAAAAGAUUAAGUUGCCUAGAUGGUAGUGGGAACAAUUUAACUUUGAAAGUGCAUUCUGGUUGGAUCCCCACUUUUCAAGUUAGAGCUUUGAUGUUGGCCUCUUGGCAAUUAGGGCCGCAAUUUCCAGCUUGGCUUCAAUACCAAGGACAAUUACACACAUUGGACAUAGCCAGCACAGGAAUUUCUGAUUCCAUUCCGCAAUGGUUUUGGCCCAAAAUUUCCAACCUUUCGCUAUUAAAUCUCUCUCGUAACCAAAUUCGUGGGGAGUUUCCAAGAAAAUUUGAGGUUCUCAUUAGUGGUUAUGCACUUGACCUGAGCUUCAAUAACUUCAAGGGUAUGUUACCAUUCAUCUCCUCUAAUGUGCAAUGGUUAGAUUUUUCAAAUAAUUCUUUUUCAGGAUCUGUUUACCAUGCCUUAUGUGGUAGAAUGAGGAAACAAAACUGGUUGUUUGUUCUUAAUCUUGGAAACAAUUAUUUGUCCGGAAGAAUUCCUAAUUGUUGGCAGCAUUGGCAAUAUUUGCAAGUCUUAAAAUUAGAAAAUAACAAAUUGAUGGGUACCAUUCCACUGUCUAUUGGACAUUUAGCUUCCCUCGAAUCAUUGCACUUGCGGCAUAACAACCUUUCAGGAAAACUACCGCAAUCUCUACAGCAUUGUAUAAACUUGGUGCUCAUUGAUCUUGGUGGAAAUGAAUUUAUUGGAAGCAUACCUCCUUGGAUGGGGAAUUCAUUUACUAAAUUAGUAGUUCUUAACCUUCGUUCAAAUAAGUUUCAAGGUGGCAUUCCAUAUGAACUAUGUCGUCUAAGUUCUCUUCAAAUCUUGGACCUUGCACAUAAUAAUCUCUCAACAGUUGUGCCAAAAUGUUUCAACAAUUUCACAGCCAUGACUGAAAAACAAAAUUCAAGUAAUCUCUUUUCAUAUCAUGCAUUGAAUCUUACAUCAGAAGCUCAAGAAAAAGCAUUCCUUGUGACCAAAGGAAGAGAGGUUGAAUAUAGCACCACCCUUAAAUUUGUUACAAGCAUGGAUCUUUCAGAAAACAAUUUAUCUGGAGAGAUCCCCAAGGAACUAACUACACUUGUAGGAUUGCAUUUUUUGAAUCUGUCUGGGAAUCAUUUUACCGGAGAGAUCCCAAAGAAUAUUGGUGACAUGGAACAACUUGAAUCCCUAGAUUUCUCUCUAAACCAACUUUGUGGUGAAAUUCCUUUGAGCAUGUCAAGUUUGACCUUCUUGAGUCACUUGAAUUUGUCAUAUAACAAUUUGAUAGGACAAAUUCCAUUAAGUACUCAGCUUCAAAGCUUAGAGAAUUCCAGCUUUGUCGGCAACAAACUUUGUGGACCUCCACUCCCAAACUGCGACACAAACAAGGCAAUACCUAAAGUUGGACAUGGAGGUAAUGAAGAAGGAGAGGGAUUUCCAGAAGUGUGGUUCUAUGCGAUAUCAGCACUUGGAUUUGUUAUUGGUUUUUGGGUUGUGAUGGGUCCUUUACUAUUCAAGAUGCAUUGGAGAAUUGCUUAUUUCCGGUUUCUUGAUGAUAUUUGGUACAACUUCUACAAGAUCGUGGUUAAUGGUAUAAAAUCAAUUGGGAAUGUUCAAUUGGGACAAGAGGCUAAAGAGGAAGCUGUAGUCCACCACUCCAACAGGUUUUGGAUGCUAAAGAAAAUGAGAUUCAAGCUCGUUGGUGACAAGGGCAAAGAGUAUGUUCGUCACGGAAUAGAGGUUGUGGAUUGGUUCUUCCCAGUUGAUGUUUGGACUACAAAGAUACGUUAUUGGGAAAUGUUGAAAGUGAAUGGAUGUGGACGAUAUAAAAUUGGUAUUGUUGAAGGUGUUUCAGCAAUUGCAACUUUCUUACUCCUCUUGUAG